AUGGGCCUCUUCUCGGGGUUCUUCGCCUCGGAGGAUGAGAAGCGCCGGGAGGAGGUGCGCACGGGGGCCCGGGCACCGGACCGGAGCGAGCGCCAGCGCUGCUGGGACGCCCGCGACGCCUUCUACCGCUGCCUGGACCAGCACGACGUCGUCGACGCGCUGACUGGCGAGGGCCGCAAGGUCGCCGACAAGAAAUGUGCGUCCGAGAGCAAGGCCUUCGACGCGAACUGUGCCAGCGCCUGGGUGACGUAUUUCAAGAGGUAUCGGGUCGCCGAGUACAAGAAGAAGCAAACCUUCGAGCGGCUGGAGAGGGAGGGCGCGAACAAGAUCGCCAUUCAGGGGCCGGGCGACGCACCCGAGUCUAAGGGGGCGUAG